AAGGAGGAAGGGGAGGAGGAGAACCAACUUGCUGGCACCGCCUGCCAGAUUCACCGCAGAUCUGAGCUUAUCGCAUCAUCGCUUCUAACCAUAAAUUAAUGCUUCAGUGAGACAGGGGGUCUUCACAAAGCCUAUACGGUUAACAUCUCAAGGAAGGAGUUACUUCUCUCCUGAUGCUUCAGAGAUAAAGUUUUCUUUUACGUUUUAUCUUUUCCGAUCACCAUCUUUUCUCUCAACCUCUCUGCAGAACCGAGUCGACACCGGUGGCAUUUUGGACGCGCUGGAUGGCUGUUGCACCUAACGAACCGGUGUGAAUAUAUUUUUCUUUAUUUAGUUCCCCCACCGAGCAUCAUCGUUAUUUCCCUCUGACUCUAAGAAGCUGAGCACAAAACAGGAGGUAGAAGCAAUGGAAGACCAGGUGACCCAGGAGUCCUGCCCCAUCCCGGAGCCGACAGUUGUGGAUCCCUGGCCGGCCACAGUGCGGAACGGCCAGUGCGCCGCGGAUGGCUUCACCAACCACCAGCAGCAGCAAGCCAAGACCCCCACAGAGCCAGAGUCUUUCACAGUAAAUCAGGAGAUGAAGAUUACUGACAGUGUGGACGGAGAAGGUCUUCUUGAGAGCAGCAUGCGCCUGAAGCCCCACGAGGCACAGAACUACAGGAAGAAAGCUCUUUGGGUCUCCUGGAUCUCCAUUGUGGUCACACUUAUCCUGGCUGUGGCAGCUUUCACUGUUUCGUUCAUGAGACACAGCGCUUCAGCCUUUGGAUUCGCUUUUGAUGCCACUCUGGAUGUCAUGUCAUCAGCGAUCGUCCUAUGGCGCUACAGCAACGCAGCAGCUGUUCACUCGGCACAUAGAGAGUAUAUAGCAUGUGUGAUCCUGGGGGUUGUGUUUAUUCUCUCCUCCCUGUGUAUCAUGGGAAAAGCCAUCCAUGAUCUGGCCACCAAGAUGCCUCCACAAGUGGAUGACUUCCUCUACAGCGUGUCCAUAGUGAGUGGGUUCAGUUGUGCUGUGCUGGCUGUGGCCAAGUUCAUGCUGGGAAAAAAACUGACCAGUCGGGCACUUAUCACUGACGGGUUUAACUCUCUGGUUGGAGCUAUCAUGGGAUUCUCAAUUCUUAUCAGUGCUGAAGUCUUCAAACACCAUCCCGAUGUCUGGUUUCUGGAUGGCACCAUUGGAGUUUUGAUCGGACUCAUCAUUCUGGCCUAUGGAGUCAAGCUCCUGAAAGACAUGGUACCACGGGUCAGGCAGACGAGGAACUACGAACGCUUCGAAUGAAAGAGCACAGUGCUAACCAGAUUGGCAGUUUUAGACACACAUACCCAGCCACCCACCCACACACAGACACACACCUGGGUGCCUCCUGCCCUCCUCUCUCUCGUGUUUCGUACACCCUUACAUCCACAUACUGCUCGUACAUUCACUUGCUGUACAUAGUGCAUUCCAGUAUUCUAUUACAUCUGAAAGACCUUGAGAGACAGCAACAUUAUUGAAGAGCAUCUCAGCUGAGGGCAUUUUUCUUCUGCUCUACGGCUUCUCUUAUUUAGCUCCCAAAUGCAUCAAGUUAAAAAUGACACCCUGGAUGAGGAAGAGGUGAGAUCGUAAACAGAAAUGCUCAAUAAGUGCUUUGUGCAUUGAUGUGGCUAAGAAGACACCAUUCAUGCCAGUGCAGAGUUUUAUGGGGAUGUUGUAAAUUGUCAUUAAGUAGCCUUGGGGAAAUGUGGAUUUAUUAGUGUAAUUUACUAAAAAAGACAUUCAAUGGGCUAUUUAAAAACCUUUUCUUCAUUGUCAGACUCCUGCUCUAGGCUCCCCACUAAUUUAUGAACCUUUUAUCCAUUUCAAUUUACUUUUAAGGAGAAGUGUGUCUUAAAUUAUAUCUAAGACAUGAAAACAGGAAUAAAUCCUCUUUAAACAUUAGCAAUUUAGAUUACUGAAUUAAGAUGAGAGGAUCCGUCAAGCACAAACAUUUGCCCGAAAAUGACGAUGGAGAUAAAACUCAGUGCACAAAUCUGGGACUGUUUGAUCAUUUUGUACGUCCAGAUGUAAUUUACUUUCUGAUAUGGUCAAGCACAGAUUAAAGAACCAGCUAUGAUAUAGUACACUGCUGCUUACAGUUGAUUAUUAGAGCAACCUGGGCAACACAAGGUACAGUCACUUGAAUUUAUUUCCUCGUUUUGUCAUUUUACAACAAGUAAUUUAACUGUAUGUUAUAGACGUGAAUUUUAUGUUAAAAACACAAAGUAGUAUAAUUAUGUGCCCAUUGUUUUUGCAAAAUAGCUCAAAACCCACUCAGAUGGAAAGAAGAUUAUCUGGUUGUCAAUAAAAAAUAAAUACAAAAUGGGUUGUCAAUUAAAAAAAAAUUAAAAUAAGAUAACCAUUUAUAGCUUUAUGACAAAGCAGUGUUUGAAGGUAUUUUGCCUUUGAGGUAGAUGAACAGGAAAAGCCAUCUUGGUGUUCCUGUAACGUAACCUGUACUACUGCAAUGGCUACAAAGUCAAGUUUUACAACAAACUUGCAAUAUCUUAAAAAAAAUCAAUCACUGAUGUUCAUUAGGAGGUAAGUAAGGCAUAUCUAAUAGGCGUGCCAGACGGCGUAAGCUAACGUUACCUGUUUAAAUAUUAUCAACAAAUUACCCCGAUACUGCUACAUUCCCCUGCUCCGUCCAAAACUGCAGGUACAAAAUGAUAGUGGCAAAAUCACCAUCCAAUCCAUGGUGGGGAUGGUGCCUUCAGGGUGAUGUGGAGUGUUAGUUGCUCACCUGUAUUUUAUAAUUAGAUGGGUUCUGAGGGCAACUGGUUGUACUGGAUUUUCUUUAGGGAUCUAGAUCAAAAGAGGGACAAAUUUAAAUUUUAGUAAAAGAUAUUAUAUUUAUGUUUGAAAAUGUUUGUCAGUUAUGUAUCUUUCUUCUUCUACUUCGCACUUAUGUAAAUUUACAUUAAAAUACACUACAGUGAUUAGUUGGAACCUGACAAAAUGUGGAAAAAGAAAAAAUCAAGAUAUAUUAGUACUUCGUAAGCACUAUUUUAAAAUGAAAAUUUUAUUUCUUUAAAUAUCUUAAAUACAUAAAUUAUCCGCUGCAAUGGGCGCUGUUUAACUGCAACGUGGUCUUAUACAUUUUCAUUUCUUUUUCUGCAGUGAAAAUCCAUUGAUCAAUACAUUUUUACUUGACAUUGUGAAAUGUAAGGUCCAAUCUCACCUGGCAAUAAUAAGGUUUCAUACCAUUCACUGUGUUCAUACAGGCUAUCCUUGUGUUGCAUGAACCCAGGGGGUGGAAAUCCAAUUAUUUCAGUCAGUUGCCUGUUUUUUACUCACUGUAACAACAACAAUGAAACUUGAGAAACUUUAGCACAAUGACAACGAUCAAGCAGCUUAUAGGAAAACAAUUUACUGACUCAGUCUUUUCUCUAUGUCUGAUUUUAUGUUUAUCAAGCCUUCAGCAUCUCCUCCCACUGUUACUAAUAUUGUCUGUCAUUACGUGCAAUGAACAGAAUGUAACAGCAAAGGACAUACUUUGUAAAUAUGUUUAUUACACUGUUUGGAACUAUACAGCAUAUCGUAUCAAAUACAGACUAGUUAUAGUAACAUAUUAUAAAACAAGGUUUCUUCUGUAGUGUGAAUAUACUGUAAAUGUUGUCUUACAUUUUACUGUAGAUUAUUGGUGAAAUGAAAUGACAAGUCUUACUGUAAGUUGUCGUGCUGUGGGUGAACAUAGCUGCUUUAAUAUCACAGAUGACAAAAAAAAAGAUGAAACAGUAAUUUGACCCCAGGCAGUGAGGAUUCACCAUGUUUCAGCAGCAAUCACACUUUAACUGCACAUGAACACAGUUAUAUUGAGGUAUAAAUAAAUAUUGAGGUGCAUUUUUAUGCUCAAAUUGAUGCUGAGCUCAUUGGAAAAAAUUAUUUUCCAAGUCUCAGUUAAUCAUUUUAUCAUGAUGAUCAUUGACCACCCUCUUGUGGUUUGUAGAAAAAUUUCAAUCAUCCUAUUCAAAAUUCAGAAACCAAAGGUCUACAUUUAUAUCCCCAGCCAAACAAAGUAAUGAAAGCAUUAUGCAGCAAUGAAGUUAUGAACAGGCCUAAAUCCACUCUACACAAUCAGCUCUAAGUUGAUGUGGUUAGCAUAAACCAGCAUUUAUAAUAUCAUAGGUUCCACUGUGUGAAUAACAUGGAUAAGCUGCAAACUGAAGGUGUGACUCAGUUCACAUCUGUUCAACUCACCAACAGCAAACUGAUUUGUAAUGUCCCCCACACCCCUCCUAAAUGCAUUGAAGACAAUCUUUACAGCGACUUUUCUGGAUCAAGCACAGGGUUUGUAGAUGUUGAAAAAAAACCCAUACUGCACAGACUAACGCUCACUGUAAAUUUGUUUGCCCCCUUCACACCAGUUUAGGACUGCUCCAUGAUUUCCAGAACCUCCACUGCUAAUCUGUAAAAUCGAAAUUCAGUGUAAAGAAGAUCAUUGUCCCACUGUUCACUGAGUUCUCACCAUAGACAGAGAGAGACACAGAGGGCGAGGGUUUCUGCACCAUCAGGUGUAGGGUUUUCUGGACCGUGUGAGCACCGACAUCUUGCCCAAUUAAUAUAAUUCGGUGCAGCAAUUUGUGCGCAUAUAUCGCAGAGUACAGAAGGAACAGAAAGGAGUUGUGCUGCCGACAUUGUAAAAUUAUAGCCGUCAGCCAGACAUGAAUAAAACGUCUAGUCCAUGCUCAAACAGUCUAAAAGCUCUCACUAAAGGCAAUGGGGAAUGCAUCAAUCUUCUGAUGUACCCCAAAAGAUCUCUCCAAGACCAUGCAAAAAAUUAAUCAUGGUGCGGUUUUACUCCAGUGUAAAGGGGCUUAUACUAGUGCUUGUAUUCCGGCUCUUAUGCGCAUUUUGCAAGUAAUUGUUUUUUUGUUUUUUUUAAACUAAAAACAUGAUUUUGGCAUCAAAAUCCCUUCUACCUCUUUUUUGUACCUUGUGUUGUUUUCAUGACAUUUAAUAUUGGGAGUAUCCAUACCUUUAAGGUAGACAACUGCUCAUGAACUGAAAUGUUUUAACAUGUUAAUAACAUCUGAACCUUUUAUUUUUCUUAUGAACAUCUGAAUCUCUUUUAGUCUAUAAACAUAUCUGAAUAAUCAACAUGUGUCAGUUUACCUGAAAUAACUUGUCUCCGUUUCAUUUAGGCAUGCUGUGUAAUGAUCAAAGGAUCUACUGUUAACAAUGCAGAUAUGGUCCAUUCUUCCCACCAUAUUUUGUAAUAUUUGAAAGCAAAACAAACCAGUUCUCAAUUGCCAUAGGCUUUGCAUGGGCUUUUAAAACCCCUAGUGUCAGUGGUUAAAAAUGCUUUACAGCCACACACACGCAGAGAUGUAUAAAUGAAUGUACAAAGAAACUAUGUACGGAUGAUUUAUGUAAAAGAACAUUAAUGAAAUAUGUCUAUGAAGAGAGUUUUAUUGAUUCAGCAAAUAAAGUUUUUUCCUGGUUAAUCAUCAA